CAAAUAUCUGACUACAACACCUUGUUCACCGCAAGGCCACGACUCACCUCGAACAUAUGCCUUCGCUGCCAUCAUUAGAGGCCUUUGCCAAGGGAACCGCCGCUACCGUAGCUGGUGUUGCAACGCUAGGCUGCGGACUACUAUAUUAUGGACAAAAUUAUCUCAUUUAUCCAUCCGCAUUCCCCCCGGGCUCUCGCAUAGAGGUCCCAGUGCCCACGGAUUUUGGACUUGAAUACCAGGAUUUACCCCUUGUCACUGAAGAUGGGUUUACUUUACGGUGUUAUCUUCUCAUGCAACGGACAGAGAUAAGCAACAGCCACGCUGCACACAUCGAUUACCCAGACCAACAGACGCAUGAAGAGUUUGCAUCCACCCGACCGACAGUUUUGAUGUUCCACGGUAAUGGCGGCAAUCACGGUCACCGGAUACCUCUCGCGAAAGUAUUCUACGUCAAAAUGCGCUGCAAUGUACUCAUGCUCUCAUACCGCGGAUAUGGUCAUUCGGAGGGUUCUCCAUCAGAAUCAGGCAUACGUAUAGAUGCUCAAACGGCCCUCAAUUAUCUUGCUUCACACCCAUAUUUGAAAAACACCCCCGUCAUCCUUUACGGCCAGUCUAUUGGUGGUGCUGUCGCUAUUGACCUUGCAAGUCGAAAUCCAUCAAAGAUCACGGCGCUAAUCUUGGAGAACACAUUCACGAACCUCCCACGUCUCGUACCUAAAGUUCUUCCUCUUCUUAGCCCUCUUUCGUUUCUUUGCCAUCAAAAAUGGGACUCGGCUUCGAAAAUACCUCUAAUACCUCGGUCGAUGCCGAUCUUAAUGCUGAGCGGUGUUAGAGAUGAGGUUGUUCCACACGAGCACAUGCAAGAGUUAUGGCAGAUUGUUUCGCGGCGCCAGGGUACCAAAUCCAGUGACACAGGAAACAAAUCUGACAUACCGGAAGUCGGUAAUGGGAAAUCGAGAUUCCUUGAAUUUGAAGGAGGACACCAUAGUGCGUUAUUUCGAUGAUCUGAACCACCGGGUUUAAUGACGGUAUUUAGAUGAUACGUGUGUCCAGCAAGGAUAUUGGACCGCAGUCACUGACUUUGUGGCGAGUUUGAGCCGUUAGAAGCCCCUAACGCGGUGCUUGUUCUAUCUGAAUCCAUACGAAGUGACAUCAUGAUCAUGGCGUUGGACAGUUUUUUUUU